UCGAAGUGUCUGUCAUCUUUACCUUCCUUCAACAUUGUCGUCAAAAGGGUAGGCAGUGAUUCAGAAGUUAUGGCAGAAUUAGCAGCAUUUCUUGGUCAGGAAAUUCCUGAGGGAAGGAGCAACCUAGCUGAGAAUCAUAUAAAUCUUGAACGAGUAGCAGAUUAUUGCGAAGCAAACUAUUUUCAAGCAGAAAACAAGAGAAUAGCUUUAGAAGAAACCAAAAACUUUACCACCCAGUCACUGGCUAGUGUAGCCUAUCAAAUAAAUACUCUUGCUUAUAAUUUUUUACAAUUGUUGGAUUUACAAACAUCUCAGCUUGCUGAAAUGGAAAGCCAAAUGAACCAUAUUGCUCAGACAGUUAUGAUACAUAAAGAGAAAGUAGCUAGAAGAGAGAUCGGAGUAUUAACAGCCAAUAAAAUUACAGUACGUCAAUACAAAAUUAUUGCACCUGCUAAUCCUGAGAAACCAAUUAAAUAUGUGAGAAAAAGUAUCGAUUAUACAAUUUUGGAUGAUAUUGGACAUGGAGUACGUAGUAGUGGUACCCCAAGAAGUAAGCAACGUGGUGGAAGUCAGGGUAGCGUUCAAAGUUUAGGUGCUGCUUCUACUGGUUCUGGAUUGGGUGCUGCUAUGGUAGGACCAGCUCCUACAACUAAACCACCUACCCCACCUCAGGCAGUAAGAACUGGAACAUUAAGCAAAGGAUCACGGGAAUACAGGACUCCACCUGCAGUUGCUCCACCUCAAGUUCCUAGUCAUUAUGCUCCUAAUUAUCCACUGGGCCAUCCAAGAAGAGAACGUGGUCCUGGUUAUAGUACUCUACCUUUACAUGCACAUACCACAUCUCAUACAACUCACAAUACUAAUCAUAAUACACAUACAAACACUGCAACUCAACAUACUUCACCACCUCAAGUAGGAACAGUUCAUCCAUUGCAAAGUCAUCCACAAACACCACCUCCAGCACCACCUAGCGUGACAGCAGGAUAUGCCCAGGAACAACACAAUAGUAUGCCUCCACCACCCUCGCCAUUGGUCGGUAUAACUGGUAAUACGUUAGAUUUUACCAAUUACCAUACUUUGUCAGAAAGAUUGAGUCAUCAAGUUAGUCGAACUAGUGGUGCGAAUAGUCCACCAUUACCACCGCCUCCGCCACCUGAACAAGAAGAACAUCCACAGUUCGGUAGACCUACGCAAUCUAGCGGUGCUAUUAUGCCUAUUGUGCCAGACGAGGAAGAUCUGCCUGGUUGGGUUCCAAAGAAUUAUAUCGAGAAAGGUAUGUCGUAAUAUUAUUUCUUAAAUUAUAGAGUGUUUACGUAGUAGUAAGAUAUAAUAAAAUAUUACCAUUUUAGUUGUUGCAAUUUAUGAUUAUUAUGCCGACAAGGAAGAUGAAUUGAGCUUUCAGGAAAGCUCUGUAAUUUAUGUAUUGAAAAAGAAUGACGAUGGGUGGUGGGAGGGGGUCAUGGAUGGUAUAACGGGUUUGUUUCCCGGAAAUUACGUAGAACCUUGCGUUUAAUGAAUUUUCCAAUAUUGCAUUUAGAUAUAUCAAAAUUGUGAAUAUCGAGCGUUAUUCGCAAGAGACUGGAAAUCUGAGGGACAUACGUGGUUCUUUGGUUUUAAUAUCUUAUUUAGUAUUAAUAAUCGUAAGGCUAUAUUAACGUAAUUUAUUAAUGCAAGGAUACGAAACGGUGCAACAAUGUAUGGUAUGGAAUGCGAUAUAGAUGUAAAUUACAGAUUCUUCCAAAAAUCUCAAAUAUCAUGCGAAUUUUCUAAAAAUCAAACUAACCAAUCUUUGUAUCAACAUAAGAAAAUGUAUUUUUUGGUAAAUAGUAUUUCCUUCGGUGGGUGUUAUUUUAUCUCAACUCCAAUAGAUCAUAUUUAUAUAUAUAUAUGUGCAUAGAACCAUCUAAUUACUAUUCCGCUAUAUAAUCAAUUAGCUGUAUUUAUGUAUCUUAGCUGUAAUCGAGGCAAUGUUAGUAAUA